AUGUCCCCGCAGCUGUGCAGUGCCCUCCUGGUCAUUCUGGCUCAUCAGAUGUUCUGCAGAGCACAGAACCAGGGCCUGGUGGCCAUGCCCAAGUCAAGAAGCGAGCGUCAGCAGUUCUGCCACUGGCCCUGCCGCUGUGGCGCCCGCCCCCGGUGCCCCCCCGGGGUCAGCAUGGUGUUGGAUGGCUGCGGCUGCUGCAAGGCCUGUGCACGACAAGCGGGCGAGCCGUGUAACGAGCGCGACAUCUGCGACCCGCACAAGGGCAUGUACUGCGACUUCUCCGGAGACCGGCCACGCUUUGAAGUUGGUGUCUGUGCCUACAUGUUGGCGGUGGGCUGCGAGUUGAACGGGGCCUUUUACGACAAUGGCCAGGCCUUCCAGCCGAACCCGCUCUACAAAUGCAUGUGCAUUGCCGGUGCCAUCGGAUGCACUCUGGCCUUCACCCAGAAGCCUGCCGGGCUGCUCGGCCCCUCUCCUCUGCGUGCCGGACCACCGGAUUCUUCCCAAAGCAGUGCAAAGAGCAAGCAUGAGCAGGAUACCGGCUACUGGGCUAAGCCAGCUUACAGGGAUCACCCUUUAGCCUGGAAGAACAACUGCCUGGUACAGACAACGCCCUGGAGUCCAUGCUCUCGCACCUGCGGGAUGGGAAUCUCUGUUCGGGUCACCAAUGACAACAGCAAGUGUGAGAUGCGCAAGGACCGGCGCCUCUGCCUGCUGAGGCCAUGUGAAAAUGCUGUGCUCAGAAGUGUGAAGAUCCCAAAAGGAAAGACAUGUCGGUCCCAGUUCCAAGCAAAGAGAGGAGAGAAGCUGAGGCUGUCAGGCUGCACGAGUGUACAGCGCUACCGGCCCACCUAUUGCAGCGUGUGCAGCGACAAGCGCUGCUGUGUGCCCACCAGGUCGCGUAUGGUCUCACUGGAGUUCCGCUGUGCAGCCGGCACCAGCGUGCGCUGGAAGAUGCAGUGGAUCACUGCCUGUGUUUGUCAGAAGAAGUGCAGUGCACCAGGGGACAUGUUUGCUGAACUGCGCUUCCUCUAG